CCACGAUAGGAAGGCUUGACUUUCCUUCUUGAUUGUAUCUUCCUUAACGAGGAGUCAGUGUGCUCCAAGUUGGCAGUUCUGCCUGCUGUGAAUCCAAAACGUAAAUCAAAAGCCAUUCUCCAACCAAAACAGACAGAAUUGUCACUCGCUUUGCUCAACCUUUGCGGUUCCUAACACUGAACAUGGGUGGAGGAGCCAGCAAAAAAGACACUUUGGCUGCUGAAGGUGCCACCCGAGAGCGUCGACCCUCCCACAUUGAUACCAAUCCUCCACCCAAAAGUGAUAUCUUGGUGGAAUGUGGAACUUGCCUCAGGAAAUUUGCCGCGGAUCGCAUUGGUCGGCAUGCGGAGGUCUGUGCUAAAACCGCUCAAAAAGAUCGAGGUAUUUUUGAUGUACAAGAGCAACGCCUCAAAGGAACCGAAGCCGAGGAUCUGAAGGAUGAGAUAGCAAAUAUGGAGGUCACUCGGGUGGGAUCUUCUUGGAAAGAGAAGCGAGAGAAGCAAGUUCUUCACAUGAGGGAGGCUAAGAAGCACAAUCGACCGGUGUCGGCAUUGGACAAUAUCGAGAUUGUGACCAACAAAUCUCCCAGAAGACAUGACUAAAGAUGGGAUGGCCAUCUUUGAUGAAUGUUAUAUUGUGACCCACCUUUGCCCUAGGGCGUACUCUGUGUGAUAUUAUUUUUUAAACAACCGGUCGGUCUGCAUAACCAUUUCAAACCAAAAUGUGAUUUGUUCUUGAAUCUCACGCAAUAAAGAUUUGUAUUUACACUCAA